AUGUGGCUCCUCAACACCGACACGGCCACCUUGAAAUACUUCAAUUCUCCUGAAGACGUCCAGGGAGGCUAUGCCAUCCUUUCGCACUGCUGGGACCAACAUCGAGCCGAGCAAACGUUCCAGGAGAUCGUCGCCAUCAAGCAGCGUGCAGAGCUCCUCAGGCUAAAUCCACGCCGUUUCGUUUCACCCAAGAUCAGGGACUUCUGCAAGCUCGCCGCCGCGCACGGAUACCGCUGGGCAUGGGUCGACACUUGCUGCAUCGACAAGACGAGCAGCACCGAGCUCUCGGAGGCGAUCAACUCAAUGUUUCGCUACUACGCUCUCUCGCAAGCCUGCUACGUCUACCUCUCCGACGUCUCAAGCAAGUGCGACCUGGGCAGUGAGUCCUCAGAGUUCUGGGAGAGCCGCUGGUACCGCCGAGGAUGGACGCUACAAGAGCUCAUCGCCCCCCGCUUCCUCGUCUUCCUCGCUCGCGACUGGACGGUACUCGGCACGAAGGUUGAGCUCGCCCCUGUGGUGGAGAAGAUCACUAGUAUCCCCGCUAGUGUCCUCAAGUUCGAGCAAGAUCUCGCGGAGGUCAGCGUAGCGCGCCGGAUGUCGUGGGCGGGCACACGGUGGACAACACGUGUGGAGGACGAGGCGUACUGCUUGAUGGGUAUUUUUGGGGUCAACAUGCCGGUUCUCUAUGGGGAGGGCUCGAAUGCAUUCUACCGUCUGCAAGAAGAGGUCAUGCGAAGCCUGACGGACUCAACCCUGUUCUUGUGGGGAACGUAUGCGCCCUCGACCACGGCCAGUACCCUAUCCUCAAUGGCACCUACACUUUCCCCGCCAACGGGAGAAAGUCGCAGCACUUCGAUCAUCCCCUUCCUCUUCGCCCCAGCGCCCUCAGACUUUUCCAUCGCAUGCAACUUUGAUGGAGCCACGAAAGCGGUAAAUGUGCGUGCAUUUCUUGGACACCCUCUCGCCAACAAUGAACUGACAUGGUCCUAUCCAGUUCCCCCAUCGGAGUAG